UCGUGACCGUCCAUGUGGGGCCCACCAGCUAAAAAUUUCAAGUAGUCCCGCGGACUACUUAAAAGUGGUAAAUGUAUUUAUGCAGCGGGGAGGACCCGAUACCCCUUUCUCUGAGGAAUGAAGGCUGAGAAAUUCCUGCAUUUCUCCCAAAUUCAGGCUUUGUCUGCAUAGAGGGAGUUCAUAGAGAUUAUACUAGAAGGGGCACCUCAUGGGGAGAAUCAAACCUCAAACGCUACUACUUCAAAGCAAGAAGAAGAAGGGCCCUACUCGUAUCAGCAUUACUACCAUCAUCAUUUGCAACUUAGUUGUGGUCUUGGUUGUGUUUUCCCUAGUUGCUACGUACCGAUAUUGGUCUCCAAGGUCAACAAACCUAGCUGGUGAUGCCUUACUCAAGUUUGAGGACAUUGAAGUCUCUGGAGACAUUAAGAAAUUCGAUGUUCCUAGUUAUGCUAUUUUAAAUACUGCCAAAGGCAUGAUAACUGUGGAACUUAAUAAGGAAGCGUCUCCUGAGAUUGUGGAUAAAUUCAUUGACUUGUGUCAAAAGGGAUACUUCAAGGGGAUGCCAUUUCAUUUUGUGAUAAAGAACUAUGUAAUUCAAGGAGGCGAUCUUCAUGGGCUUGGAUCUGCAGAAGACUGGAUAUUGAAAGGAAAACCCCACAGUGAACUGGCGAUAAGCCCAAAACAUGAGGCAUUUAUGCUUGGAACUUCAAAGGCUAGGGGGGAUGGCAAAGCAUUCGACAUCUUCAUUACAACUGCACCGAUUCCAGAUUUGAACGAUAAGAUUACUGUGUUUGGGCGGGUCAUCAAGGGGGAGGAUGUUGUUCAGGAAAUUGAAGAGGUUGAUACCGAUGAACACUACCGCCCAAAGUCCCCCAUAGGAAUCAUCAGUGUCACCUUGAAGUGAGAGCUAUGACUGCUCUUCGAAUUUGUGUAAAUCUUCCCUUGUUUGGAUGAUCCUGGGCCCAUUCUAGAAUACAUGUAGCUGGAAUUUUCCACUGAGCUUGCGAUGCCUGCUUAUGGUUUCCUGUGUGAGAGUUUAGAGUGGGAUUCAACAUAGAAGGAUUUUGGAAUGUGAGUAGAUAUGGAUGUAUUUUGAUUUCACAUGCAUUUUUUCUAGGUAAUGAUAAUCUCUGUAUCUUUUUCCCCCCAUUUUAAUGGUGUGUACCUUUCUAAUGGUUUUUGUA